UCCACCAUUGUUGGUAAAGCAUUAACCAAUCCUUGGUUGGUGUCAAGUGACGUCAGAAAAUUCAGGCGCAGAAUCACGCUCCACCAAGGCCCCGAUAUCGUGUGUCCUGACGAAUUUUCAGCUUUCGUUUUGCACGCCGAAUUUCGGUUUAAAUAUAAUUCACUCGAUGUUUGGAAGUGCGAUUAUUUCUUAAGGACAAGCUUCUUUACUCCGCUCAUCAACAUUUACAACGCAAAAUUUUAUCUUCAUAAAUAUUUCCAGCAAUAAAUAUUUAUGUCUUGUCUUCUUAAUUAAGCGUUGAUAGUUCAAGAAUGGAAUCGAAAAUGUUGGUCGAAUUGCCAACAGUACCGAAAGUACCACCAGUGCAAAAGAAAGUACCACCAAUAACUUUUCCUUCUCAAGGAAAGAAACCACCUGCGGAUAUAGUAGCUCAAUUAGAACAAAAUAUGAAAUUUUUGCAAGAGCAACAUCAAGCUACUUUAGUUGCUUUACAUCUAGAAGUUGAUUCUCUACGUCAAAGGAAUAGAGAUUUACAAUUUCAAUUAGUAUUCUCAAAGGGAUCUGCGUUUGUACCUAGCAGUCCUUCUUCCCCUGAAGAUAAUGGAACUGGGUUCGUGAAAGCAAAGGGUAGCCCAGUAUGCGUAAAUGUCGCACCUUUACAGGUAGAACUGUUGGAGAAAGAUUUACAAGACAUUAAGAUAUCUUUACAAGAAGCUAAAACCCAGAAUCAGUAUUUAUCUGAUAUCGUUGAACAACAGAAAAAGAAAUUGGAUACUUCGAAGGAACAGAAACCGAAUAAACAAUUGGUAACGGACGUAGGAGUUCAAGUAGAUUGUCCUAGACUGAAUCCCGUCGAGGCAGACUUAGGUGUUCUAGAAGCGAUGGUAAAACAAUUACUCAAGCAGAACGCGGAUCAGAAGAAAGAAAUUGAAACGCUGGAAGCAGCAUCGGCGAACACGACAAAUCCUGCUCAGACAGACUUAGCGACACGCUUGGAAGGUUCAGAAGCGACUGUAAAACUGUUACUCAAGCUGAACGAAGAUCAGAGGAAAGAAAUUGCAACGUUAAAAGCAGCAUCUGCAAAUGCUAAUAAAGGUGCCCGUUCUCGUGAUAGUAAUAAUAGUCAUCACAAUCGUGGAUCUCCUACAAGUUCCACGCAGGAACAAAUUCCUCACAAAUUCCCACCUUUACAGAGUCAGAGCUACUGGCAUCGUAGGACGCCGAGGAACGGAAGGAAUCGGCACGAUAAACAAGAUCAUCAGUCAGAAGUGGACUUCACGGUAUUACCGCAACUUCAAAACGAUAAUAUGUCAUUGGAUACGGUAAUUACCGAACUCCCAUUUCACCCGAUACACGCAUACCACAAUUUCUGUCGUGAUAAAAUUGAUAAAAUUAACCGAAAAUAUAGGGUUCAAACGUCACAGAAAGAUCGCAGAGAUACCGAUAAUAAUAAUCAUCACCAUCAUCACCAUCAUCAUCAUCAUAACAAUCCCCAUCAUCAUAACAAUUCUCAUCAUCAUCGGCGGGAUUAUAAGGACAGAAAUUCUAAAGAUCAUCAUAAAGAACUCGUAGAUUCGGCGGAGGGAUCGAGAGAAGCAGAUAAUUCGAUGGGUAGUAAAUCUUAAAAGUAGAAAACGGUCUGCCAAAAUAUUAGGGAUGCGUAGCAGACAUUUUGUUCUCUGUCUAAUACAAGUGAUUGUAAGGAAACAUUUCAAUAGCGAUAUAUUUGUUAAUAAGAGGAAUAAUCUACUUUUUCUUGUACCCGCUUUGAACGAGUAAUAUUAAAAUUACAUUCCUAUAGCUUACCAUAGGAUAUAGCUCUGAUGAUAUUCGAUUAAGAUUAUACGAUCUUUAAUGUGAAAGUCUAGUCCAAUUUUACUCAUCGUAGACUACCAUUGUAAAGGUAGAAUAUCUGUGCUUUACGAAUCAGUGAUAAUGAGUGAAUACAAUUACUUGUGGUUAACCGCGAGUUAAAGAGAAUAAAAAAAAUCUGGGAUCGUUUCGUUUCUUACUGUGGAAAGGAAUAAUAACGUACUUCUUUUUUAAGGAAUGAUCAUGAUGAUAAUGAAGAUGGUGGCGAUGAUAAUAAUAAAAGAAAAAAAAAGAAAAAAAAAUAAUGCGACCAACGUUUAUAUAAUGUUAGUUUUCUCAGGCUUAAAUUGACCAAAGCUUAAACUUGAUACACGUGUAAUAUUCCAACGCAGUGUGUACGUGUAUUGAAUUUUUAUUUUCAGGUUACUGAAUAUUAUUUAUUGCGAUAGGUUUCGUAUGAUUUUUAUAGAUAGAAGUUUAGAGUGAAUGAUCAAGCUGCUGUCGGUGUUACGUCUAGAUAUUUUGUCAGUUCGAACAAUUUAUACGUUAUAUUUUCAUCGAUAUAACGAUGUGCAAAGGAAAAACUUGUUAUAAUUGUAAAGAAUCAUUAAAUUAAACGUCUCUUCUCUCUUUUUCCCUUUUUUCUCUUCACGAUACACGCCCCUAUAUCUAAAGUACCACUUGAUACUACGAUUUUGUAUUAAUGAUGAUGAUAUGUACCACGUUCUCGGCAUGAUAAUCAUUUCAUCGUGAACCAUU